GUGUCAUCGACGCGUGUUUUGUGUGAUCAGCAAAUUUGUGCAGAGACUCAGAGAGAUCCACAAAAUGCCUGGGAUUGCAAGUGUAGCUAAAGCUAAUCGAAAGCAACGCAAUGCUGAAUCAAUAAACAAUAAGUUUGUGGGGCUCUUGAAAGCCAAUCGGUGUCUGUGGGAUCUUAAUCAUCCGGGAAAUCAGUGUACUGAAUUGAAGAGUGUGGUUUGGGAAGAUGUGGCUUUUCGCAUGAAAUGGAGUGCAAGCCAAACUAAAGAGGAGUACGCCAAGCUCAGAGCUGUCUAUCAAUGCAAUCAGAAAUUAAGGAAUUUAAGGAAUUCAGGAAAUCUGAAUCUAUUGGACAAGUUGAGUUUCUUGAGCAAGUCUUUCCCUAAGAACGUCGUCAAGAAGCCAAUUGCAAUUAAAGCAGAUAGGGGAAGUCCAGCCAUAGAAGACAGUCAGAACUCCAGCUAUUCUGGGAAUCAUGAGAAUAGCACGGGCAGUUCGUUUGAUCGAGUGAAUCCGAUGGAAUUUGUGUUCCUAGAUCCGAAUGAUAUGGUCAGUAUUCCUGGGCAGACAGAAGGCCUUCAAGAGCAAGCGAUUCCGAGAAAUGAUGACUUGUCGAUCAGAUCAGUUCACUCCUUGUAUCCCAACGCAUCCAAUGGAUUCAGCAACCAAUCCACACACGUGGAGGAACAGAGUCUGCCCCAAGUGGCUUCUGUGGUAGUUCCUUGGACACUGCCAAGUUCUCAACCGUCUGGAUUCACGCUGGCGCUGGACGAGAAGCUGAGAUUGUUUCCGCCCAGAGCCAGGAUUAAGCUGGAGAAGGACAUUUUCGAGAUUGUCUCCAACGAGGCAGCCCAGUUAUUCCAUCAUUAACGGUGAAAAGACCGCCAAAAUUCAUGUCAAUCUUCCAUGCUGAAAACCUUUUAACUACCAUUUGUCAUCAUCAUCAGUAAGAAGAAUAAGAAUUUUGGCGUCUUGUGUCUGUGUUGCGAUUCUCAGGCAUUUGCGAUUAGACAUGUAUAUUGACGAGAAAUUCCUGACCCUCCUGAAGAUGCACAACUGUGUGUGGGAUCCUGAUCAUCCGGAAAACAGGAAUCCAUUCAUGAGGUACAAAACGUGGAAAAGAAUUGGUCAACAAAUGCAGGGUUGGCAAGUUACGAAGUGCAAAAAGAAGUACCGAGAGCUGAGAGACGAGUUGAGAAGGAUCUACACACAGAAGUGCGAAGAGAAGGAUUUGCCACUGAAGCGCAGGUUGGACUUCUUGAAGAAAUCUUUCAGGAAUUUGCCUCCGGAAGUGCCUCAAUUGGGAAGUCAUAGAAGCGGAAGUGUGCGAGGACGACCGCCGGGAAGCUCAAACCGCGUGGUAAAUCUGCGUAAUCGUAGUGUCAGUCUGCUGGAACCGGCUGUGGAUCCACUGUUUCUGGAUCCUGAUGAGAUGUACGAUGAUUCAGAGGUGAAGACGGAGGACUUUCCCAGUGACUUGGCGACUCUGCGGAUCGUGGAGCCAAGGGAGACCACCACGAGGAAUGAAGACUUUGAGAUUAGGUCAGUGCGCUCGAUGUUCCCCAAUGCUGUCAAUGGAUUCAGCAGCAAUUCCAGGGAAGUGGAGGAACAGAGACUGCCCCAAGUGCCAUCGGUGAGGUUACCAAGCCCGAAACCAUCGGGAUUUACGCUGGCGUUGGAUGAGAAGCUGAGACUGCUGCCGCCCAGAGUCAGGAUCAAGCUGGAGAGGGACAUUUUCCUGAUGGUCUCCGAUGAAGUGGCCAAAUUGUUUGAUUAACUCAUUUUUCUCUUCUCUCAAAAUCCACAAAUAUUGUACAACUGGUAGGAAGACAAAUGUUGAAUGUAUUGGACAUUUUAUAUGUAGAAAAAGUGGUUUUCUACCUCUAUUAAUUCACGAAUCGAUGCUAUUAGUUAUUCAGAGUGAACAGGAAAAGUGACUGAAUUCUCACACCGUGUCAUGAAGUGCAAAUUUAUGGUUUUCUCAUUUGAAUGUAUCUCUUAUCAUCUUGGGAAUGACGUUGCAAUGUCUGAGAAUCGCCAAAAUAAUUAUAAUUAUAAUACACGGUGGAAUUAAAUGCUACUCAAAUAGAAUCUAAUUUGAUUUGCAGUUGAUUGUUUUAUGUCAUUUAUCUGUGUAUUCUGGAUAAUCUUUUCAAAGACUGUGUGAAUAAGAUUUGCAUAGAUUUCCUGAAUACACUAAAAGUUCUAUUAUCAGUAAGUUCACGGCUAGAAAUGAAUGUCUUUGAAUAUAAAUGAUUUACCAACUUCAUGGCCUCUUUUUGUGGUGAUACUAUAGAUAAUACAUGAAUUAUGGACUCAUAAUUGUUAGACGUUUGCGCACAGUGAUUUUCUGCGGAUACGCGUGAAAUGUUCUGAACAUUUUCUAAUUUCUUUAGCAUAUAAUUCGUCAAUUUCUCAAAUUUGUAAUAAAUUGAUUUUUU